AUGAGAACGGCCGCCCUCACUCUCGCACUGCCGGCUCUCGCCAGCGCCGCCAAGUGCAAGCCCUACGUCGACUCCGAGUCUCUCCAGGAGCUGAUCACCAUCGAGGACCUCCUCGCCGGAUCCCAGAAGCUCCAGGACAUCGCCGAUGCCCACGAGGGCAACCGCGCCUUUGGCGGUGGUGGCCACAAUGCCACCGUCGACUGGCUCGUCGAGGAGCUCGAGAAGCUCGACUACUUCGACGUCUACAAGCAGCCCUUCACUGAGGCUUUCGCCGGGUCGAAGGCAACUCUGACCGUGGCGGGCGCCGCCGUCGAUGCGCGACCUAUGACCUUCACGCCUGCUGGAGACGUCACCGGCGCCGCUCUGGUCAACGUUCCGAACCUGGGCUGCGAGGAGGCCGACUACCCCGCCGAGGUCUCUGGUGCCGUCGCCCUCAUCUCGAGAGGAACCUGCAACUUUGCCGUCAAGGCCACCUUGGCCAAGACCGCUGGUGCUGUGGCCGCCAUCGUCUACAACAACGCCGAGGGCGCUCUGUCGGGAACUUUGGGCGAGCAGUCGGAUGCUUACGCGCCGGCCGUUGGCAUCACCCAGGCCGAGGGCCUCGCUUUCGUUGAGAAGCUCGCGGCUGGCGAAGAGAUCACUCUUGACCUCAACGUCAUUUCCAUUAUUGAGGACCGUGUCAACUACAACGUCAUUGCUGAGACGCGUGGCGGAGAUCACGACAACGUCCUCAUGAUCGGCGGCCACUCUGACUCCGUCUUUGCUGGACCUGGUAUCAAUGACGACGGCUCCGGCACCGUUGGUGUCCUUACCGUUGCCAAGGCCCUGACCAACUUCGAGGUCAAGAACGCUGUCCGCCUCGGUUUCUGGGGCGCCGAAGAGUACGGCAAGCUCGGCUCCUACUUCUACGUCAAGCAGCUCAACGGCUCUGAGGAGGAGGUUUCCAAGAUCCGCGCCUACCUCAACUUCGACAUGAUUGCCUCCCCGAACCCGAAGCUCGCCAUCUACGACGGAGACGGAAGCGCCUUUAACUUCUCCGGCCCCGCUGGUUCUGAUGUCAUUGAGAAGGACUACGAGGAGUUCUUCGAGAGCAAGGGCCUGGGACACGUCCCCACUGAGUUCAACGGUCGCUCUGAUUAUGCCGCGUUCAUCGAGAACGGUAUCCCCAGUGGUGGUCUGUUCACUGGCGCUGAGGGGCUUAAGACUGAGGAGGAGGCCAAGCUCUUCGGUGGAGAAGUUGGUGUCGCCUACGAUGUCAACUACCACCUGAUUGGCGAUGACAUUACGAAUCUGGACAACGAUGCCUACCUUGUCAACACUCAGGCCAUUGCACACAGCGUUGCCAAGUACGCGAUGAGCUGGGAGACCAUUCCCCCCGUCAGCCAAAAGAAGCGCAGAUACGCCGCCGACGUUGCUCGCCACCUCAAGCGCGCUGCGGAGUUGACCGGCCACUCUCACGACGGGCCUUGCGGUGGUGGCUCACACUUCUAA